AUGUUUCACAUGUUUAUUUUGUUCUCUUUGUGCUGGUGGAGUCUGACUGGUAUGUUUGGUGCUGAAACAAAUAAAAUACAGUCAGUGUCAGUGAUGGAGGGAGAUUCUGUCACUUUACAGACUGGUGUAACUAAAAUACAAUACGACGAUGACAUACUGUGGAAAUUUGGCGCUGAAAAGUCUCUCAUAUUUAAAAUCAGCAAUGAGAAACGAAUUUUCUCAACAUUUGAUGUUACUGAUGAGAGAUUCAGAGACAGACUGAAGCUGGAUCAUCAAACUGGAUCUCUGACUCUCAAGAACAUCUCAUCUGAACACGCUGGACUCUAUGAACUAGAGAUAAAUGGAGCAAAACUGACAUCAAAAACAUUUAGUGUUUCUGUCUAUGCUCAUCUGCCCACUCCUAACAUUACCAGAGAUUGCUCUUCAUCAUCAUCAUCAUCAUCAUAUUGUUCAUUGGUGUGUUCAGUGGUGAAUGUGGGUCAUGUGACUCUCUCCUGGUACAAAGGAAACAGUUUAUUGUCCAGCAUCAGUGUGUCUGAUCUCAGCAUCAGUCUCUCUCUACCUCUGGAGGUGGAAUAUCAGGAGAAAAACAGCUACAGCUGUGUGCUCAACAAUCCCAUCAGCAACCAGACUCAACACCUCAACAUUACUGAACUCUGUCAGCCAUGCCCAGAUCAGGGCUUACCUUUAUUUUACAUAGUGCUGAUUCCUUCUGCUGCUGGAUCUCUGUUAAUUGUAGUUUCAGUCGUGAUCUGCUGCAUCUGCAGGAAAUGUAGAAAAACAGCCCAGACCCAAGAGGAAGACAGAACUGAUUCAGCUUUGUGUAAACCAACAACACGAAAAACGCAUCAGAUGAUCAGUGAACAGACGUGGGUGGACUAUUGGCCUGACCGUUACCUGCAGUAG